AUGGCGGCUUCACUUGGCAUACUCAAGAGUCUCCCCUGCCCGGCUGGUAAGAACUGUACCGCAUUCCAGUGCCUCUUCAGGCACCCAAGCGAUGAUGCAGCAGAGCCAGCCAAGACGGAUGAGUCAAUCAUUGAGCCAAGUUUAGGAUCAGCCGACGCCCAAGACUCACCAAGAAAACGCAUAAAGGUGUCAAUAGACAUUCCCAACACGGACGAGAAGGUCUUGAAACAAGUAUCGGCUGGCUCUGCCAAGCCGCAAACCUCAGGCAAUGAGAAAGUGGUGAAGGCCAUGAGUGUCAGCGCCAGGAUCUCGCCACCACCCGUUCAGAGGAAGAGGACCUUGCCCGACAAUCGCGCAGAUAAGUCCGGGAACACACUUGUAUCACGGAAAGCUACAUUUGCCACGUCAUCUCAACAAUCAACCGCUAAAUCCCCAGUGCAGCUGCCAAUUAAAGCAGCGCCAUCAAAACCGGAGACCUUGAAUCCUAGACACCUCAAGAAGUCACCUGCAAAGCAUGACAUGCGGUGGCAGAUUGUGAAACUGCUACAUGCUCAGUAUGAACGUCUAAACAAUGAGCUCAAGAAAGUAGCACCUGAUGACGAAUCUUUUUUAAUCAUGUCUCGGCAACAACUCAUCACCAAGACAUUGAACGAAGAGGAGGAAGUUGCUAUAAAUAAGCCGACCAUGUACGGUAACAUACUGAAGAAUAAAAUCAAGGUUUACACAAAGAUGGCAGUCGAAAAAUGGAAGGACGAGAGACUUGAAGAUAUCAAGAGAUCUACAGGAGACACUUCUGCACUGGAAGAAGCGCACAAAGUUAUCGUCACGGGCUUGACACCUGUUCAGGAGGUUGAGGUUCUCCGACAGCUUUUGUCUCCACUGAAAGGUUUGGAGCAAUUUGGCUACAUUUCUACUGUCCCUAAGAAUGAAGACAUCGAGAAGGCGCGACAAGCGGUCGAAGCAUCAGGGAAUGUAGAAGUGUGCGACCGAUGUACACGCAGGUUUACUGUUUAUCCUGGUCGAAGGGAGGAGGAUGGUGCCCUAGCAUCUGGAGGGCCUUGUGUGCACCACCCUGGCAAAACCUAUUUCAUUGAAGGGCCUCCUGGCGAUCGCCUUGCGCGGUCAUCGUCAUCUAAAAAAUGGCGAUGCUGUGACCAGACCGUAGGCGAUACGGAUGGUUGCGUGACGGGCAAGCAUCACGUCUUCAAGACCACUGAUCCAAACAGGUUAGCGAGCGUUCUCCAGUUUGCGGAGACACCUCCCAACCCCGAUGCUCCCGAGGAUCGUGCUGUCUGCUUUGAUUGCGAGAUGGGUUACACUGUAUAUGGGAUGGAGCUCAUUCGACUGACUGCUCUGUCCUGGCCUUCUGGCGAGGAGCUUCUCGAUGUGUUAGUCUAUCCUGUUGGAGAGCCCAUUGAUUUGAACACACGUUAUUCUGGAGUUCGUACCGAAGACAUGGCUGUAGCAGAGCGAUGGAAGCCCGGCGAUAAUCCAAUGCCCACUGUCAUUCCCUCGGGUUCUGGCCAGUUGUCUCAGCGGAAGCUCAAGAUUGUACCUUCGCCUAAGGAUGCGCGCGACCUGUUCUUCAAACUUAUAUCACCCGACACACCUCUAGUUGGACACGCGAUAGAAAACGAUCUCAAUACCUUACGUAUUGUACAUCCAAUGGUCGUCGAUACGGUGCUACUUUUUCCGCAUCAGCGUGGUCUGCCCAUCCGCAAUGGCCUGAAAUGGUUGACAGAGACUAUGUUAGGCCGUAAGAUUCAGGUAACCUCAAAUGAUGAGGAUGAACUGAAGGGCCACGACAGUGCAGAAGAUGCGAGGGCGACAGGAGAAUUAGUGAGACUCAAGAUCCGGAACGAGUGGAGAAAUAUGCAGAUGAAAGGAUGGACCUGGGCAGACGAUGGCAAGCUCAAAGCCCCCGAUGACAUCUGGACUGUGGUAGGAGCUAAAAAAACGAAGACGCAUUGA